CGCACGUACAAAACAAUCCCAAAUACCGCUGAAUAAACUUCUCAUUCGGAUUAUUCAAAUUUGUCCAAUAAUCCGACGCAAUGUUACCUCCAGUAGAUCCCCAUGUUCUCGAGCAGAACCCGCAUUUCGGUGCUCUGUAUAAAGAUUUGACGACGACCAAGUUGAACCAAGAUGGGACGACGAUCAACCACAAAGACGAAGCCCGGCAAGCCGAAAUACGAAGUCAACUCUUCGAAAUCCGCGAGAGGUUGGCAAGGACCCGGAUCCUUAGAGAAGCGCUGUUAUCAUUCGCAUCCAAGAGCUCGGAUCUACCCGAUGAACUCCAAGAAGUCAUCGUGCUGCUCUUAUCCGAGUCCGAGAACGAGAUCCGCAUCCAAGCCGAAGAGCUCCUCCGGGAUGACAAACAGUACUUCCUCGAAAACAUCGACCUCAUAACCUCCACCCUUACCACCCACCUCGCCACCCUCGUCCCCCCUAUCGCCGCCCUCCUCUCCCCCGAAGACCCCUCCAUCCAAACCCUCACCACUCUACCACCACCCUCCACCCAUCCCAUCCCGCACCCCACCUCCCUCCCCCCUACCACUCUCCCCCUCGCCACCCACACCACCGCUCUCCAAACCGCCCACACCACCCUCUUCCCCGCACUCAUCACCCACCUCGAGCGGACGAUCCACGGGCAGUCGGCGCGGCAUGCGCGCGCCGAGGCGGAGCAUUUGGGGUGCGUGGCGCGGGCGAUGGAGUUGAAGGCAAGGGUGCUAGAGGGGGGGAGGGGGGAUGCGGAGGUGGAGGAGGCGUUGAAGGCGUAUGAGCGGCAUUUGGGGCGGGUGGAGAGGGGGCUGGGGGGACGGGUGGAGGCGUUGAAGGGGGAGUUGGGGGGUUAUGAAGGGAAGGGGAUGAAUGGGGUGGUAGAGAGGUAUGUGGAGGUGGUGAGGGAGGUGGAGGAGGUGAGGAGGGAGGUGGAGGAGUUGGAAGGGAGGGUGAAGGGGUGA